ACACACAAAUAUAUUAAAUAUACAGACACAUCAUAUUCUAGUUGGGGUAGUCUGUGUAAUUCAAGGCUUAAGUCCCAAAAAUCCAAUAUUUACUACUAAUACAAUUUCACCCAAUAUAGCGCCAGAGACUCGUAUAUAGUAACGCGAUUUUUUCGGGGGUUCUUUUAUGCCUUGUCUUUAAUUCGAGUGAAAAAAAUUAAAUUAAAGAAUCUUGAUUUUCCGGUGGCCGGAGAAAAAUGAGGAGGUGGGGUUGGUGGCAAUUGUGUAAAUAUUAUAUGGUGAAGUCUUCAAGUUUUAGAUUUUUGGUUGCCUGGGGAAUUGUGCUGGUUACAGUGAGUAGUGUUUAUGCAUGGUUGAGUUUGAGUCCUGAUGUGCACAAGGGUUUAUCAUCUAAUGGCUGUCAAGUGGACAGUGAGGGUUCUUGGUCGAUUGGUGUUUUUUAUGGUGAUUCUCCUUUUCAUCUUAAGCCCAUUGAAUCUAUGAAUGUGUGGAACAAUGAGAGUUCAGCGUGGCCAGUGGCUAACCCAGUUGUUACCUGUGCUUCUGUCUCGAAUGCUGGUUUUCCGAGUAAUUUUGUUGCCGACCCUUUUCUCUAUGUUCAGGAAAACACCCUGUUUCUGUUUUUCGAAACUAAGAAUUCGAUCACAAUGCAAGGAGAUAUAGCUGUAGCGAGAAGUACGGACAAGGGAGCAACAUGGCAACAAUUGGGCAUUGCAUUAGAUGAGGACUGGCACCUCUCUUAUCCGUAUGUAUUCAACUACAACGGUCAAAUCUACAUGAUGCCUGAGAGCAGUAAAAACGGAGAGCUUUGUCUUUAUCGUGCAGAACAUUUUCCUCUUGAAUGGACACUGGAGAAGGUUAUGUUGAGAAGACCCCUUGUUGAUUCUGUCCUCUUUGUGCAUGAUGGGAAGUAUUGGAUUCUUGGUUCUGCCAUUGGAGGAAUUGGCUCAAAACAUAAUGGACGACUUGAAAUCUGGUAUAGUAGUUCACCUCUUGGUCCCUGGAAACAACAUAGAAAGAACCCUUCCUAUGACACCAAAUUUCUCAUGGGGGCUCGGAAUGGAGGAAGACCUUUCAUAUACAAUGGAAGUCUGUACCGCGUUGGUCAAGACAGUGGUGGGACAUAUGGGAAACGGCUACGUCUGUUCAGAAUAGAUAAACUCACGCCCACUGACUUUAUAGAAGUAGAAGUCCCCCUAGGUUUUGAAGAGCAAAGUAAAGGCAGAAAUGCUUGGAAUGGUGCCCGUCACCAUCACCUUGAUGUCCAGCAGUUAAGUUCUGGAGAAUGGGUUGGCAUAAUGGAUGGAGACCGAGUUCCGUCAGGAGAUUCAACGUAUCGUUUUCUUCUUGGAUUGACAUCAGUUCUGGCUGUUAUUGCACUUGUCACGCUAAUUGGGACACUUAUUGGUGCUUUGAAGUGCAAAAUACCCAUAAGCUGGUGUCCUCAAAAUUUGGAAAAGAGAAAUGAUGCCUUCCCUCGGGUCAAGUCAACCUUGCAUUCCUUUAAGCUGAGGCAACUAUACUGCCGCUUUAACAGAUUAAGCUUGUAUCUCCAUGGAAAGAUGAAACCAAACACCUUACUCAGAAAAGUUGUUCUUGCUCUCAUAUCUGUGUUAGCAAUUACACUAAUGUGCACCGGGGUUCAGUAUAUAUUUGGAGGAAAUGGUGCACAAGAGCCUUAUCCUGUAAAUGGCCACUAUUCUCAGUUCACAUUAUUAACGAUGACCUAUGAAGCUCGGUUGUGGAACUUAAAACUUUACAUCUGGCAUUACUCUAGAUGUUCCUCUGUUCGUGAGAUUGUGGUAGUUUGGAACAAAGGGACUCCUCCUGAUCUUUCUGAUUUCAACUCAGCCGUACCAGUAAGGAUUAGAAUCGAGGCAAACAACUCAUUAAACAAUCGGUUUAAAAUGGACCCGCUGAUAAAAACGCGAGCAGUUCUUGAACUUGAUGAUGAUAUACUUAUGAAAUGUAACGAUUUGGAACGAGGCUUCCAGGUUUGGCGUGAACACCCCGACCGUAUCGUGGGGUUCUACCCCCGACUUGUUGAUGGUAAGGAUUUUAAGUAUCAAGGUGAAAAACAUGCCAGAAGUCACAAAGGUUACAACAUGAUUCUUACAGGUGCAGCUUUCAUUGACACUGAGUUGGCAUUUAACAUGUAUUGGAGUGAAAAAGCCAAGGCUGGGAGGGAGAUUGUAGACAAGUACUUGAAUUGCGAAGACGUGCUGCUGAAUUACUUGUAUGCAAAUGCAAGUGCUUUCGAUACUGUGGAGUAUGUUAGGCCGGCUAUGACUCUUGAUACAUCAAAACUUUCCAGUGUUGCCAUCAGCAAAGACACACAGGCUCAUUACAAGGUGAGAAGCAAUUGCCUUGAGAAAUUUGAGGCAAUGUAUGGGAGUUUAAGAAACCGGAAAUCGCAUUUCAACCGACGGAUCGAUGGUUGGGACAAGUAACAAGAAAAGGCUUCCAACAGAUUAGUUAAAAUGUAUGUAGCAUGUGUUGUAUGCUAAACUUGCAAAUACAAGUGUGGCAUCAUCUCUGUAAGAUUCGAUAUUCACCGUAACUGUUGUGAGUUUUUGUUUAGGGGAUAAAUUCUUGUGUUGUGAAGAUUGUUUUAUUUAUGUAAAAUUAGGCUUUGGCCUAUGAAUUUGUUUUCUUUGUA